AUGGCGCGUGGCAACCAGCGUGACAAGGCUAGGGAGAAGAACCUCAAGGAGCAGGCCGGAAAGAAAUCCAAGAAUACGCAAUCCGGUACCGAGUUUGCCCGCACCAAGGAGAACGUUGCGGCCAUCAUGCGCGCUAAGCAGGCUGCUGGUAAGUCG